AUGAGGAUCUGUGUGCUUCUCUUAGCCAUUUCUCUUCUGCUCUACCAAGACACUCCAGUGAGAAGUGAUCUGGAAGUGGACAGAAUAUGUGGCUACGGGACUGCUCGCUGCCACAGAAAGUGUAAAAGUCAGGAACAUAAAAUUGCAAGAUGUCCCAACACCUAUGCUUGCUGCCUGAAAACCUGGGCUCACAGCUCACUGAACAUCAAGAGACCCUGA